UGCUUGUUUCCCAAUGCCUGAUGGGAACGCGCGUCGUUCAAAUUUGUUUCCGGUUUUACUUGUGCUGUUUUUUGUGAGCCAUGGAGGCGCGAGUAAGCGCGAUCACGACCCCUAGAAAUGAGACCGCGCCACACAGAAGGACCAAAAGUUAUGGGUUUUCACGCCGAAGUCUUGGUGUUGAAUUGACAUCUCAUUUCGGGUGUACACCAGGUCAACUUACUGCUGUACGAAUACCAACAAGCAGAGGGAUUCCCAAACCACGCAACCUUACAGAACAAGUUGACCCAGAACACGUCGCUCUCAUUGUGAAGAAAGAAUGGAAGCUUUCCUACGUUACACCUUUAUAUCAGUUUAGACAUACUCAGCUUCAGUCUUACUCAAAACAACUAGCAUCGUUCUUAGUGGCUGAAAAGCAGCAGGGAGUUGCUGUGGAAGUUGGUCAAGAGCUUGGCUUCAAAGUGGUCUUCACCGCAGCCCUUGGACUGGCAGAGACUGAAGAUGAUGCCGAGACGGUUUUAAUACAGAUCCAGUCAAAAUCUGCUUUUCCUGCCGAGGGGGAAACUGCCAAGGUGGUGUGGAGCGGGUGGCUGAGCUGUGUCAGUGGUGAUGUGGAGUACCUAAAGGCCCUGCCCCCCGACUUCACCUGCCUGCCUCUGUUUGGCACCAGUGGGGCAGAGUCCCUCACCACCUUGGUCAUGUCCUGGUUUGAGAGGACAUUUGACUGUUACUUUGGCCCUUUGGGCAUCAAUGCCACUAACCUCGAGUGGCUAGCUGCCCUAUGGACUGGGUGCCACUCUGACACCAACAUCCGCUACCUGAAGUUAGCAUGGACGGUCCCAGCUCAACCCCCUCUGGAUGUCUCUUACACCGUUCACCCACAGGACGCCUGGGAACUCUGGGACAGCAUUCGGCAAGAGAGUGGCCUGAGGGACACAGUGGACAUUGAGGAGGUCAACUGUUUCAUCCGAGGGCUGGAAUCCCAUUUUUUUCGCCAUUUCAGAAUCUACCUGUCAGCUGGGACCUUAACUAAGGUGGCCACAUCUCUGGGCUCUGCUCACAAGGACGGAAAAAUCAGGAUUGCAAGCAGUGACAUGAUGACCUCGGUCCUUGCCCUGCUGACUGAAUGUGCGCUUCUGAAAAUGCCCAUCUGACCCUAGGAAGUCUUCCCAGCGUUUGUAAAUAGCAUUUUAUAUGUACAAAAUUUCUUCAUAACUUUUAAUGUCAACAUACUAAUUAAGCUACGCAAUAGGGGUCCUGCUUUUAACUGUGAUAUACUACAUAUGGUAACUGGGAAAGAAGGCUACAUGCUGCAGUUAGUUAUUAAAGUUAACGUUGGUUAGAACCUUUCCUUUGUAUGUGUCUGCAUGUAUGCGUGUAUUACACCAACAUUAACAUCUAUUAAUGAGAACUCUCAUACUGCAGCCUAUCCCAGGAGUUCUUGGUUCCCGCAGUUCAGGAACCAAUCUAAACUUAAAUCACCGAUGACUAGACCAAGGGUUUUAGCCCAUUCUACUUCCUCUAGGACAGGGUUGCUCAGCCCUGUUCCUGGAGAUCUACCGUCCUGUAGGUUUUCAUUUCAACCCUAAUUUGGCACAUCUGGUUCUAAUUAGCAGCCCAUCAAAAUAUCUAGCUGUUAAAUGGUGCGCUUUGGUGGAGU